UACAGCGUCUUUCGUUUUUCGGCUAGUCCCUGCCACCAGGAAGGAACACUAACUCCACCCGCAGUUUGUCAGAGAGUUGGAAGAAUCCGUCGCUUCUCUUGUAGCCGCCUCGCUUAGCUAAACUAGCUCUUCGUGUAGCCCGCGUUCAAGCAUCACGUCCCGGGUUCUGUUUGACAUGGCGGAGGGUCCGUCCAACCUCCCCCCGGGAGACCCGCAGCUCAUUGCAAUGAUCGUGGAGCACCUGAAGAACCGGGGGCUGUUCGACGAGUUCCGUCGGGACUGUCUGGCCGACGUUGAUACGAAGCCUGCCUAUCAGAACCUGCGACAAAAAGUGGACAACUUUGUCACGUCGCACCUGAGCACGCAAGACUGGAACCCAACCAACAACAAGAACCAGAUGAGGAAUGGACUGAGGCAAAGUGUUGUUCAAUCGGGGAUGUUGGAGUCCGGUGUUGACAGGAUCAUCACGCAGGUUGUGGACCCCAAAAUGAACCACACUUUCCGACCAAACAUAGAAACAGCCAUCCAUGAUUUCCUGUCAGGGGACAGGAAGGAGGAGAACACCUCAAGUUGUAACUCUGCACCGUGUGAACCGACAGAACCGCUGGAGGCCCCGUCGGCGUCGGGCCCCAAAACCCCCGCAUACAUGCUGAUCUACAUGCAAUGUAGUAUGGCUGUGUUAGCUCUUGGAAAGCAACAACACAAACAAGACAACAGCAGCUACACACACAGAAUUAAACACUUACAGACUCAGGUGGCCUCAGACAUGCCGGUGAACCUGGUCCGGGAGUUUCUCCUGCUGCUGCUGAUGGUCUGUCAACAGCUGCUGACCGUGGACCCGCAGGAUGUCCUGGAGAAACAUGCGAGUCCCGCCAAAAGACGACUGUCCCUGCAGAGCACAGCGGAGAUCCAGAGCUGCCUGGUGAGCUCGGGGGACGUCGGCUGUGGGACCUUUCAGUGUUUCAACAACAACUCCUGUGAAAUCCAAGGGCUGCACCACAUCUGUCUCACCCUCCUGCACAACGCCGGGCGCUACGACUCCCAGGGUAAGUCCUUUGUGAAGGAUGCGUUGCGGUGCAUGGCGCUGGGACUGCGGCAGCGCUUCAGCUGUGUGAGCCGCCGGUGCUCAGCGGUGAAAGAGAUGGUGUUCUCACUGCAGAGAGAGUGCUACUCCAAACACCAGCUCUGUCUGGCUCUGAGGGAUCACAUGGACACCACGGGGAGCCUCGUCCAGUUCCACCUGAUGUUUCCUCCAGGGCCGUACGUGGAGCUGGUGAACUUCCUGUUGAAGUGUGGUGACGAGGUCAGGUCCUGGGUCAGUCGGCGGCUGCGUGGGCAGUGCGAGCAGAACUGGGGUUCGCUGUGCAGAAGCUUCGGAGGCACCUGCUCUUUCAACCAAUCGGACCCUCUGCAGAACUCCACCGCUCCGCCACCCACCGUGCCUAGGCCUAUCACUGCUCAGGGACCCCUGCAGCAGCCAAUCAGGGCGGCCGAACCAGACGACAGGAGGAGGGGGCUCAACGUGAUCGACAACGCGACUGAUUCUGUUUUCCCAGUGUCUGAGAAAAACAAUGUCACUGCCUCAUAGAGCAUCAGGUUAACCAGGCAGCUGUGCAGACAGAUGUGCAAACAGGGUACACACAGAUACAAAGAUCAUGCACUUAUAACUAUUAUAUUAGCAGUAGAAUGAGUAAACAUAGUGGUAGUUGUAUUCAAGUAUUCUGUGUAGUUUUGCUGCUGAAAGCAAUGCAACAAAACUUAUUUAAUCUGUUGGGUAUUUUGCUUUUAAUAUUUUUCUUGACGUUCUUGACUUUGUACUGGGAUGAAAACCAAUGAUCUACCUCACUUCAACAUGACAGUAAACCACAGCGGCUGUAUCCUGCAGCGACGGACACAAGUACACACAACAGGGAGUUUGUUUCUAGCUCGAGCGCAGCUGAAAGUCAGUAUUCUACCUAUUUAAGUCUGUGUUUUUUAUUUGUAUUUAUGAGCAUUGUUAUUAUUUGCAGUGUAAACACAAUCAGACUUUCUCCUGUAGACAGUCAGGGUGUCGUCUGCAGGAAGGGAAGCACUCUUCGGGUAUGGCGUGUAGUAAAUAUGUAUUUUUUCUUCUUGUUCUACUCGAACAAUCACAAAUUUCAUACAGACCCCAGGUUUCAAGCUAUGUUUUGUACCUUUUUAUUUAAACGGAUCUAAAAGAAUAAUUUGUAAGCAGUUUUGAUUGAAAUUAAAGGAGCUACAAUAUCGUA